GUGUGAUAAAGUUAGCGGCCAGUGCACGAUGUUUCCGUAAUUAUUAAUUCCGAUUUAGGCUUCAAAAAUUGAAUGAGAUUUUUGCUAAUAAUCGCGGGGGAAUUAAUAAUCGAUCAUGGAAACCGCUCCGAGUCGUGGCGCGUGUCCGGUGUGCGGUAAAAACGCCACGCUGAAGUGCGGUAACUGCAGACGCGAGUUCUACUGCGACAAGUCGCAUCAGUCCCAGGACUGGCCGCGUCACAAGUCGGCGUGCAUCGCCUGGGAGAUCGCUCGCGAUCCCGAUCUCGGACGACACUUGCUGGCGACCAGGGACCUGGCACCCGGAGACGCGAUCCUGUCGGAGGCACCCUUGGUCUGGGGACCGUCGAUACACGCGAUACAGCGGCUCUGCGUCGGAUGCGGCAAACGGUGCGACGGCGACAUCAACGGCGCGAGAUGCGGCGAGUGUGGCUGGCCCGCUUGCAGAUCCGAUUGCGAGGGACUGUCCGAUAAAAGGAGGCACAGGCCGGAGUGCGCUCUUCUUGCGCGCGCUAGAAUCAUUCCCAGAUGCGAAGUUCUUCUGGUCAUUCGUAUGCUGAUACUGUGGCAUACAAAAUCCAAACGCUGGACGACCUUGGCGAAUCUGCAGAGUCACGAGGACUCGCGGGGACCCGGCACGGACGCUUACGACGAAGUGACGAGUAUAAGUCAGCAUCUUGGGCCGCUCUUGACAAUAGCAUCCGAAUGCAGGGACGUUCUGCCCAAGAUUUGCGGGCUGAUCGACGUCAACGCCUUGGAAACCGUCCCGCCGGAAGGCUCGGUGGCGAUUUACGAGAACGCGUCUCUUCUGGAGCACUCUUGUAUGGCGAAUACGCGGCACAGUUUCCGCAUCGAUGACAGAGGCAGACCGCGCAUCACGGUAUACGCCGUCACAUCCAUUAAAAAAGGGGAACACUUGACCACCAUGUAUACGCACGCGCUUUGGUCCACCAGGGUCAGACGAGAGCAUCUUCUCGCAACGAAAUACUUUGCUUGUCGAUGCAAACGUUGCGCCGAUCCGACGGAAUUGGGCACGCAUUUAGGCACUCUAAAGUGCCCUUGCAAAAAUGGGCUCAUGUUACCGAACGAUCCUCUGAAUUCUAACAGCGACUGGUUCUGCAACGUGUGUCCGGGAAUAGUGACGUCCUCGGAAGUAGCGCAGUUGAUGGACAGAUUAGAGGAAGAAGUCGCGGGGAUCAUGAAACAGGCGACCGAGCACACUUUAUCCGAUCUUCUGUCACGGCUGACGGUGCUGCUACAUCCUGGUCAUCAGCAUUGCAUAUCCGUGAGCCACUCGCUGGUACAACUAUUGUCGCCGAACGAUCCACGAAAAUCGGAAUUAUGUAAGCUCAUCUUGGAUACGGUAACCCGAUUGGAUCCGCACGGUGCGCGCUUAGCGCUUUAUACAGCGGUUACUUUGCGAGAGCUCGCGUCGUGUCCUGGCGAGGACAGGCAAGCUCACCUCUCCAGAGCAACUUUGCUGUUGAAAGCGGAACCACCGAACUCACCCGGUGAGAAAUUUCUCAAACUUGUCGAAAUGGAACUUCGAGCCUCUUAAUGAUAGAGGAAUGGGUGGUGGCUAUAUUUUUAUUAUUCGAACAAAGCGUAAAACGAGAAAGGAUUCGUUUUUUUAUUAAAAAUAUACGAAAAAUAACGCAAUGUAAUAUUGCGUGUACGAUUCCUUAUCAUUUUACUUAUCUAAAUUUAUUUAUUCGUUUUCUCAAUUUAGAAAGUGUGAUUUGUUCACAGAUAUACAGGUAGCCAUAAAAGUGGCAAAAAUAUUCAAUGUACUUAUUUAUAGAAUAAUAAGUGUACGUAUAAAAAGGCUUAUAAUUACAAUAUAAAGAAUGUACAUACACGUAUUACGCAAAUAUCAAAAUACACGUUAAUAAUGUA